ACAACACACUAAGGAUUUUUGCAUAAUGCAAGCAUGUAAAACACCUACUUUCUAAUUAGUCCACACCGAAUGAACUCAUGGAGGGGAAUGUUUACGUGCAGUAUUUAACUGCACUGAACAGAACCAGAUUCGAAAUCUAUUUUCUUUCUACACUGCAAGGGGCAGGUAUAAAACGUAACCCCACAAAUGCAGACACAGAUUGAAGAUAGGCUCUCCGUAAGUCAGAGCGCGGUUGGGAGUACCCCCAGCGCCCUGCAGGAGCAAGCAGGGCACCACGGGGGGCUCAGCCCGGGAGGUGGGGGGAUAACACACACACCUGCCUGCACAGCCUGUGUGUGAGGCCUGAUGGGAGGAGAGCCAGGGUGCAUUUGCAGCGCUUGCCCGGCCUGCAUCCGGCCUCACACCCGCGCCGUGCUUUCCACUGCACAUCCUCACAGAUCCAUCUCAGGGAAGUUUUAUUCUGUGAAUGAAUUUGGGGGAUAUUUUGACAAGUCAUUAAGGUGAGUAUUCAGGUCAUGGAAGUGUGGGUGGCGAGGUGCUCAGUACUUGGUCUCGUCUCCCCAAAGUUCCUUGAGCAAUAACUGUGUGUCACAGGGACGACUCUGACCACGGGGGGAGGGACCAGCCUUCCUCUUCCCCUUACCUGCUCAAGAAAACGGCCCCUCCGCUGUUUUCCCCACAUCCACCUCAUCCCCACGCCAGCCCAGGCUGGUGUGACAUCACCAGGAGGAGGGAUGAGGCAGGAGGAAAACGUGGAGCAGAAAGCAGGACAAGGACCCCUGAAGAUGCCUCAGCCAGAGAGUUUGGGGAAGAGGAAGUCCCUGGAAAAGGCACUGGUGAGAGAGCGUGGGGGAGGGGAAAGCCAGGAGAGGGGUUACGGUGUGGAGAGGAAUACUAACCGGACCUUUUGAAAGCUCCUUGAGAAAUUCACACUGGGGAUUCACUCACCUUGAGGGCUUUUGGUGGCUGGACUGUGCCUCCCUAAGUGGGACACUGAUUUCAGACAGGACAGGCAGAGCCCCGGGUUCCGUUGGAAAGUUUGUUUCGGUUUGUCCCAAAUCCACUGUUCCGUGCAGCAGCAUCCAGUUUUCAGGCGGGCCGCGUGCGCGCCCGGGAAGCCUUGUGUUCGAAGCGUGCCCCAAAGGCACGGGCCAGGGCCACAGUGCCCGGUCACCUGCAGCAGGUGCACCUGGGCUUCCCGGGUACAGGGACCUGCAGCCCGUGCCCUUUGGAUGCUGUGGCCGUGUCUCCACUGGGAACGUGUGCCACAUGCAUCUUCUCAUUGAAAAGGCACCGUCACCCUGUCCCGCUGCAGAUGAGAGCUAAGCCCAGAGCGGGCAGGCAGCUCCCCAAAGGCCCUGCCGACCUCAGUGAACUGGGUUUGGACCCAGGCUGGAUGAUUUAUGUAGGUAUAUAUCUACAUUGUUUAUAUAUGCAUCCGUAUGCGUGCAUAGCUAUGUGUACAUGUAGGUAUACACACAUCUGGGAGUAUAUGUGUAUCUAUGUGUACAUGUAGGCAUAGGUAUAGAUGUACAUGUACAUGUAUGUGUGUCUGCGUAUGCAUAUGUACAUGCCUAUGCGUGUGUGUCCACGUGUGUGUGUAUCUGUGUGUGUAUAUUUGUAUGUCUAUGCGUAGGUCUACGUGUGUAUGUGUAAGUAUAUAUAUGUGUGUCUAUAUGUAUGGAUGCGUGCUUAUAGGUACUUCUCUGUGCAUGUCCAGAGCAGAGCUGUAAAAUCCCCACAGACAGGAGGCAGGUGUUUCAUGGCCAUGUCACCAGAACACAUUCUCCAAGGACCCCUCAGUUACUACCUGCUGGUCACUUUUGGGUCCCCACCCCGCCCUCCCCUGGGCCCCAUUCUGGGACUCCCAACCCUCAGCCCUACUGCACGGGUCCCACUUUCCCCAGAGGCUGCCAGGCCCCCCGGCUGCUUCCCUGGCCACAUCAGGUGACUGCAGGAGGACAGGAUGGGCAAGGCCUUGAGGGGAGGCCUGGGAACCGGCAGAGACGAAGGCCCCUGGAAGGAAGUGAAAUCCCCUCUCACUUAACAGCCUAAUAAGGAUUUGAACCAGAGUCUGCGAGGAAUUGUCAGUUUAACUGUUUUCUCAGAUGUGGAGACCACGUCUCGGCUUCAAAGCGCCGGGAGAGGAACGUGUCAAACUGGAGAAGGGAGGAUGGAGGCCUCUGGCGCCGGCUCCGCCUGGCCUGAGCACCCCCAAGAGGCCCCAGGAAACUGCUCUGGGCCUCCCUAGACCUGGGGCUGAAAGGGGGGUCGGUGGGGAGGCGAGAGCCAGAUGUGCAGGUGAGAGAGGGGGCAGCCACCCACAGGAGACCGCUGGAAAUGAUGUCAGCAAGACAUAGCGAGGAGCCGCUUGAAGACUUGAAGAUAUUUCCAGAUGCCUGGGCAGCCUGAUCCACUGGAGGGAGGGGCCGGCGGAAUGAGAGGGUCUGCGAGGGUCAGAACCGGAUUCUCAGGGAACUGCACAGAACCGGUCAGGUUGAACCAUUUGGACAAUUUCACAUUCUCUGCAGGUGAAAUUCCCACCCCUGACCCUCCCUGCAGGUGCCUGGGCCCCUGCCACCCCCGUCCUCCCCUCCCCUCCCCCCAGUGUUUGCUGCUUAGCCACACUGGCCUCCUCUCUGGUCUGAACACCCAAGCCCAUCCCGCCUCCAGAGUCAAGCCAGCUGCCCUCUCUGCCUGGGAGCCCCCCCCAGCUCCCCGGCCGGCGGCUCCUUCUGGCCACUCAGGUCUCAGCCUUCCUUCCCUGGCCACCCUCCCUAAAAUUGUGCCUCAAAUAAAUCCCACCCGACACCCUCUUCGCCUUCCCAAUCCGGUUUUCUUUCUUGCGCCUUGCGCGAUCCCACUUUAUCUUAACUCCUUGCUAGUUAUUUUCUUUCCCUGCUACUGGAAUGUGAGCUUCCUGGCGGUCAUGGACCUGGUGUGUGCUGAUCAUGCUGCAUUCCAGACCCUGGAAGAGGCCCAGGCACACAGUUGAGGCCCAUAAAUACGUGUUGAUGAGUGAAUGAUCAACCACAGCAGCAGGACGGGCCUCAUGGAAGCAUUGUCAAGAACCCCCUGUUUAAAGGCAGCAUCUCUCUGAGCCUUGGUGCACCAGGAGCAGAGAGAACGGCCAGUCCUCUCUGCAGGGGGCCGACUUUUGGGAGCAAGUGGGCAUCGGUGCCCACUGGGAGUACACGGGAGCCCUGGGGUCCUUGGUGCCGGCCACAAAGCCAAUGCUGUUUGUUUAGAAUCCUGCUCGGGAUGAAGGAUGGCUCUCACACUGGAGAUCUCUUAAUGCAACAAGCAAACACCACGGGGUUUUUCUAAGGCGGCUGCUGCCAGCAGGCAGGGCAGAGGCUCCCUUUCCUGGCUUGCUUCUGCCACCUGCUGGCCACUCACUGACAUGCCUCGGAGAAGAAGGGUUUAUUUUCCAGUCUCACACAAGCUCUUGUUUCCUUCUAGGAAGAAGUCGUUGCCAGUUUUAUUCCUCCCUUGGCAGGAGCCGCCUGGCUGACCCAUCCCUUGAGUAGGGCAGGUUCUAGGCCACAGGUGGGUUGGGGAAAGUCACUGGCCCUGCAGCUAUGACUGUUCCCCAUUUCACAUAUUAACUCUGUUAUCAACCUCAAGCCUGUGAGUCAGGGGCACUAUUACAGACGCAGGCGUUAGGGCACAGAGAGUUAAGUAAGCCGCUCAGAGCUGCACAGCACAGGGGGUGGAGCCAGGCAGUAAGGCACCUGAGGGCACGUUCUACCAACACCUGUGCAGAUGGCCCAGAUGCCCUCCCCCUCCUACUCCAUGGGGCCCCACGGGAGCACCAAAGAAAGAGGGAUGUGGGCACAGUGGAGGACGGAGGAGAGGAGUCCUGCAGUUCAUCCUCUCGGAGGCCUAGAGAAGCCUCCAUCUUUUGAGCCUCCAUCUUCUGAUCUGGAAAAUGGGAGCAUUGAACUACAUGAUUUCAAGGUUCCACCCAGGGUUCUCUGGACAGGAUAGAGAGACAGAGGUAUAAUGGUUAGAGCCCAGCCUCUCUGGUCAGAAAGACCCAAGGUAAAGACCAGACACUUCCACUCACUAGCUCUGUGAACAGGAGGGAAGUUCUGUGUAACGUCUAAGCCCCAGCUUCUCCUCUCCUACCUGUUAAUGAGGAUAAAAACGAGGCCAGUUGCAAAGCUGUUAGCACUGUGAUGGCUCAGAGUAAGUGCUUAAUAAAUAUCACCUGUCAUUACAAUGCUAUUAAAGGCUCUGAGAAGUCCCGCAGGAAAGCCCGCUGCUCAACCUUAGCUUAGCCUCUCCCCAGCCCAGCUGCCUACAGAGCCAUGGCAGAACUCUGCAAGAUGCAUUGUUGCACAGAGUGCGUUUGCCCUCAUCAGUUUACCUUGCUUCCUGGGAGCCAUGGGAGCCUCAGGCCCCACUGAGAGCAGAAUCAGGGUGGGAGCCCCGGCCCCUUGACUCUGAGCUCUAUGCUCUUUCUUGCUUUUACAACAUCUCUCUACCCCAAAAGCAGUUCUCACAACCAAUAAACAAAAGAAUUAGGAGCCAUUCUCUCAGGCUCCCAAGACUAAAUAUUUCACGUUUGGAUUCUGCAGCGCUUGUCAGCAUUACAGACCACAGGCAAUUAAGAGUCCAAGCCCGGGAAGCCUGUUGUUAAUAAUUCUGUCAUUAUUCUCAAUUUUCAGCACCACCACACAUGAAACACACAUUUCCAAUUUCUUCAAAGGUGCUAAAUGGCUUUUGCACUGUGUAGUAAAAGUUUACCAUCAGCCAAAUGGCUGCAAAGCGGACCCGUGGUCCCCAGGCCCCGGGCUGUGAUAACUACUGGUUUGGCCUGACCCACUGGGGUGACACCCUUUCUCAGUGUUUCAUUCUCAGGACGGGUGAGCUGGACCACGGCAGCCGUCAGGCGCACUCAGCCCUGCUGGGCGUCGCUGUCCGCCAGGAUUUCACAAGGCCCAAAGCACCGGUGUGAACAGGAAACCACUCCCUCCUGCUGGGGCAACACCCCAGAAAUGGAUGGAGAAAGCCAGUGACCAGCCUCUCUGUUGGGGUCGGAGUCGAGAGGAGGGAAGUGAGUCGGCAUCUGAGGCAAUGUCUGCAGAGAGAGCGAGUAGGAGGGCGAGUUCAAGGGGCCAGGCCGCAGAGGCUGCAGGGCUGCAUUUCCUUUUCAGGGCGAGGAAGCCUUGAACCAGAAAUCAGAGCUUUUAGGGGUGGUGAGGAGGCCUGGAUGUAGACGGCGGGCGAGCCCUGCCCUGAUGCUGUGACAGUAACCAGCUCCAGGUGACGGCUACGUGCCUGCCUUUUACACCCACCAGCCAGCCUUCUGAGCUCUUUCCUAGAGUGACUCUUCUCCUGAGACCCCCGUGGGCCGCCCCCGUUAGUAAAACGGGACACGACACGGAGAGGCCAGGGGCUUGAGACGAGGUCCUGAGGAUGCCGGGGGGCUCUCCCCACACGUACACCGCCCCACCAAGGCUCAGGCAGAGUUACUGGACGUAAAAUUGCAAAAUGGUUUGGAGUAGGAGGAAUAUGACAAAGGCAUACGAUACCGCAAAAUGGAAAACAGCUGAAAACCGGAUGUCAGAGGAUACCGGCACGGUUUAUUUUGAUGUUGUGAAUCGCUUAACAGGACAAAUUGUAGAUAAAUCCUUGAUUUUCAACAUCAGGAUCAGCGAUGUGAAUGAUCAUGCACCCCAGUUCCCUGAGAAGGAAUUUAACAUCAGUGUGAAGGAGAACCACACUGCAGGUAUUCAACCUAUUUUUGAGAUGUUAACAGUGGAUUUGGAUCAAGAAGAUACUCCAAAUUCUCAUGUCCUUUACUUCCUUGUUUCCCAAACACCGUUACUGAGAGAACGUGCCUUCUGGAUUGACCGUAUUAGUGGAGAAAUACGACCGUCAGGAUGCUUAGAUUAUGAGACUGCUCCUCGGCUUGCAUUACUAAUCAGAGCGGAGGAUUGUGGAGGACCACCGUUGCCAUCCACGGCCAUGGUUCACAUACGUGUGCGAGACGGCCACAACCACGUGCCACGUUCAGCCGAGACUUAUAACAUUUAGAUAGCGGAUGGCCGAGCCAGCCAGGGCGUGUUAUGUCUUGAGGUCCAAGAUGGUGAUUCGCCAUUUACGUCAGCAUGGAGAGUGAAGUUCAAUAUAUUAAAUGGCAAUGAAGGGGGACAUUUUGACAUUUUGACUGAUCCUGAGACCAAUGAAGGGAUUUUAAAUGUAAUCAAGCCUUUGGACUGUGAGACUCAGCCAGUGCGGAGCCUGGUCGUGGCCGUGGAGAACAAGGAGCCGCUCUUCUCCUGCGAAGGGGGGCGGCUGCAGAGGCCCCAGGCUGCGACCAGCACCACCGCGAGUGUGCGGGUGGCCAGCGUCAACGACCCGGCCGCCUUCCUCCCCGGGACCUUCAUCGUCAGUGAAGGCGUCGGCGCUGGGCCUGGGACUCAGGUGGGAAUUUUUAAUGCUACUGAUCCCGACAGAACUGCCAGCCGGAUAAGAUACGAACUGGCUUAUGAUCCGGCAGAUUGGGUCAGUGUAGAUGAGCUCUCAGGGAGUACUCACCAGGAAGCAGUACUCACCAGGAAGCAAGUUGACCGCGAAUCCCCUCGUGUGAAUGAAAGCUUUUACAUGAUCAUCGCUCAUACUGUUGAUGAUGGUGUCCCGCCACGGACGGGGACGGGGCCCAUGCUGCUCUUCCUGUCAGACACCAACGAUGACACGCCCACCCUCUACCCACGGUCUCGAUACCUGGAGGUGGAGUCUGCAGGAGGCAGGCCCCGCCCCAUCGAGGUGGAGGACGGGGCCCAGGAGCCCUACUCCCACCCGUUCACCUUCAGAUUGGACAAUACGUGGGCAAACACAGAAGACACAUGGAGACUGGCGGAAAAUCAUGGUCGCUCAGUGGAACUUAUGCUGAGAAGCCUCCCACGUGGUGACUACUUGGUGCCGCUUUUCAUCGGAGACAAACAGGGACUUCCCCAGAAGCAGACUGUCCAUGUGAAGGUCUGUUCCUGUCCUGGUGGAUUCACAAGCGCAGAGCCCCCCGUCGGGGGCAGGCUCCUCCAGGGGGUCCUGGCCUCUCUCUGUGCAGCGUUCAUAGCUCUGGCAGCCGCUCUGCUUUUCCUGCUGAGGUGCUAUUUUGUGUCUGGCCAGAGGCAGGGCUGCUCUAUCCCACGUGAGGAAGGCAUCCAGACCCUGAUCGUGUGGAACGACGGGAGUGGAGCUGCCCCGUCCAGGAAAGGUCAUACGUCAGGGAUCAGAUGUCAGCCCUGUCCAUCAACACAGCCGAGGCAGGUGCCAAGCUGGGAGCUAAGCUCAGGGAAAGGUGUGCCUUCGUUUUCAACUGGAGGGAGACGUGUUGCCUUUGGAGUUUCCCCCAGUGUUUUCCCCCAGGAUUUAGGCGAAAUGCUGCCAUCUUUGCCAAGUGCAUCAGACCAAGUCCACUUCGUGCUGGGGACUCUGACAUGGUGCCAUGAAUCCUUGAAAGGGCGUGUGCAUGAUAGGUGUGUCGCUCUGGUCCCGGAAGGGCCAGCUUCACAGGCGUGGAACCCGGUUUACCUGGAUACUGUGGUGCCCAGAGGACCCCUGGAAGUGCGGGUACGAGUGAUGGCAGGGAUGCUGAGUCAGCAGCUCGGUGGUGCUGACAUCCCCAAGGGAGACCCUGGUUACCCACCUCACGUCUAUGCAGAGCAGGGCAAGUGUGAGCGAGUAGAGACCCGCAGUUCUCUCGCCUUCUCCGAACAUGACCUGUCGCCCGACUUGCUGGACUCUUUGGGGCCAAAGGCUGCUCCACUCGAAGAGAUAUAUUGAGUCAGGUUUUUGUUUCUUAAAAACUGCAUAUUAUGGUGAACUGGAAUAACUCAUGAAGGGGAAAUCACUAUUCUAGAAUGUUUCUUCCUUACUUCCUUUUUUAAAAAAUUACCUUCUAGUUCUUGAAUGAGGUUAAACUGAGUCUGGAUUAAAGGCUUGGACAUUUGCAGACCAGACAUCUUGAACCAAAGUGGAACAGCAGGUUAUACUUUUUAAAAAUUUGAUUUGUCAGGCAGAUUUUCUAGAGAAACUUGAAUUGUGUAAUUCCUUGCUUCAGCUCAUGGAAGCAGCUCAUGGCUGCUCAUAGCCCAACUCUGAGGGUAAAUAAAAUAUAAUCCACUGAUUACCCCCAGCUAUUUGGGAAAAACUGGGGAAACAGAUUUUUUAAGUGCUUAUUUAAAUUUCUAUAAUUAUGAUUCUGCUUCAGUUUAAGUGAAAAAUGGGGAAAUGUUUUCUAGAACAUUUGUGAUCAGUAUUUUUAGUGAUUUUUUAAAAAACAUAAAUAUUAAUCCCAUUGUACUUUUUGAGUAGAUAAAUAGAUAAAUAUUUUAUCAUGAGAGAAAUGAUUAUACUUAAAAUUUGUGAGCAGUACAUACUAAAAAAACCAAACUGACAUAAUUUAACUUGCAUGUAUUAUGUAAGUAAAAUAACUUUGGAGCCUUUGAGUGAAUAAAUUCUGAUUAAAUUUUAUCUAUGCACAAAACCACAAACUUUAAUUGAUUUCUACAUGUCCACCUACCACUAGUGUAAAUUGUGGGGGAGGGGAUAGUUUCCUUUAAAUAUCUAAAAAAAUGUAAAUAGUAGGACAUGUGCCCUACAUAUACUCAGUUUUCUUGUCUGAGUAAUAGAUAAGAAACUGGCUAAGCAGAAUUUUAAAUGCUACCAGGACACUUUAAUGUAUAUAUUAGAUAUCUAAAAGCCUGUGGCAAAUUCUACAAAAUUUAUAUAAUUAAUGAGCAUAGUCUUUUGUUAGUCCCCUCUUGAACCUGAGGGAUAAAUCAGGAGACGCACAUUUAUGUCAAAUCAGUGAAAUGCUAUAUUAAACCUAAGUUUUAGCUGACGCAAGCUUAAAACUUUCCCUUUCUUUAUAAAGAAGCUGUGCAAAUGCUUACUUUAAAGAGAUCUCAAGAGUUUGUACAUAGUUAUUUCAUGUAUCACCUAGUGCUUUGAGUAACUGAAAAAGAAGAAAAACCAUCUCCAAAGCAUUGGAAAGUCUAAAGCUGACUCACAGUCGUGUAGAACAGCUAUGCUAAUGCUGGAAUGAUUCCGAGGAGAGUAUAGGACAUUUUCUGGGUAAUUCAGGAUAACAGUAAUAUCUUAGGACAGUAUACUUUUUGAGUCUGAAUGGUUGCUAAGGGUCAGUAGGUGGUCACUGGACCUUCCUGGAUCUGAGGCAAGGGACAGAAAACUAUGGCCAUGGGGUAGAUGUGGCCCACCAUCUGUUUUUGUGAAUAAAGUUUUAUUGGCACACAUCUGUGCUCAUAUGUUGUUUAAGGGCGUCCAUGACCCCUUUGCGCUGCCUUAGCAGCGCUGAGUAGUCACGAUGGAGACGUAUGGCUCACAAAGCCCAACACAUUUACUUCCUGGCCCUUUAAAGAAAAAAAGUAUGCUGACCCCCUUGUCUAAGGCAUUCUUUUUGGGAACCCCACAUUUGUAACAAACGUAUUAAGAUAUAUCCAUACUCUGUGUUAAAAACAAAUACAUUGCCAUACAAUUAAGGAAGGUUUUAGAUAACUUUGCUUUUGGCUAUGCGUAACUUGGCUCAUUUACUAAUGGUUAUGAAAUCUGGGCAAUUGUGCGUAUUUGUGAAUUCUUGCAUUAUGAGGCUCUCUCCAACUAAUUGUUCUCAAAAGUAAUAAAAUACUCAUGAAAAAUUCAUGAAUCCCAAAUUUAACACUUAGCAAGAACAAAAUGUUAUAUUUUGUAGGUACUUAAUUAGACGUAUUAAUUUUGAUUUUGCUGCUUUCUUUGUGUAUUUUGAAUCCUAUAUAUAUGUUU